AUGCUCACUGAGUACUUCACUCUUAACCGCAUGGACCCACAGGCCAGAUCAUUUACCUAUGCUGAUAUUCCUACAGCAUAUACAUUUCAUCUUCGACCGAAGCAUUGGGCUAGGAGAAAACAGGGCUAUGCCAUCGGGCGUAUCGUUUUUAUUCCACCAGGAACCACUGAUGUAUACUUCCUCCGCAUGUUACUUACAAAGGUUAGUGGUGCAACUAGCUUCAAAGACCUUAUGACAGUCGAUGGUGAACUCUGUAAAGAUUAUAAUGAAGCAUGUCUCAAGCGAGGCUUCUUAAUUGACGAUGGUGAACCUCAAGCAACCAUAGGAGAGGUUGGGGAAUGGGGAAUGCCAGCUCUGCUCCGAUCUUUGUUUGUCAUGAUUCUGGUGCAUUCUGAGGUUGCUGACCCGAGAAAGUUGUUCGAGGCUAACUGGCAGCUUUUUGCUUAUGAUUUUUCUUAUCGUACCCGACGUGGUAUGGAGCUACAGAAUUUCCAGCCGCCACCUCAGUAUCUGCGUGAUGAGGUCAUUAGACACAUCGACAGUCUGCUCCAUAGCCAUGGUAGGACCCUAGACGAUUAUAAUUUACCACACCCUCUCCACACUGCAGACAUAGUGGUUGGGAACAGGCUCAUUUGCGAACAACUGAACUACGAUGUCUGCUUGCAACAACGAACAGCUGAUGAGAUCUAUGCAACUCUUAAUCGCGAACAGAGUGAGGCGUACAAAUGCAUUAUGGGUUCUGUGGAACAUGGGCUUGGGAGGUUCUUCUUCCUUUAUGGACAUGGUGGAACAGGGAAAACAUAUUUGUAUAAUACAAUUAUUGCCAAGCUUCGCAGCCAACAUAAGAUAGCUUUGGUUGUUGCAUCGUCCGGCAUUGCAGCGACCUUGCUGCCAGAUGGUUCUACUGGUCAUUCCCGGUUCAAGAUACCAAUAGAUGUCGUUAAAAAGGGGACUCACCUUGCCGAACUUCUGCAGCAAACUUCGCUCAUUGUAUGGGAUGAGGCGCCUAUGACUCAUCGCUUUUGCUUUGAAGCUCUAAGCAAGACCUUAUGCGACGUCAUGGAUCUGCCCUCUACCGGAACUUCUUAUAGGCCAUUUGGUGGGAAGACAGUUCUUCUUGGUGGGGAUUUCCGUCAGAUUCUACCAGUCAUACCUGGCGGCGGCCGCGAGGAAACCAUCAAUGCAUCAAUCAUACGUUCGCCCUUGUGGGCUCAUUGCAACCUUUUGUGUUUGCAGGAAAAUAUGCGCAUAAAUUCGGAUGCAGUAAAUCAGGAAGCAAUCUUCAACGGUAUGACAUUCGCACAGUGGGUUCUCACAGUUGGGAACGGUCUUCUACCUGUGAGGUCCUUGGAUGAGAACUCUGAAAGAAGUUGGACCACAAUUCCUCAUUAUCUGAUCUUACCACCUAAUGGCACAUCCAUUCAACCGGUUGUUGAUUUCGUCUUCCAUGGACUGGUUGACUUUUACAGGUCAGUUUCCUACUUGAAGAAUCGUGCUAUAAUCACCCCACAAAUGAAACAGUGUCUACCAUUAAUGAUGUUGUUCUUUCCUACAUUCCUGAGGAACCCAAGAACUACUACAACAUAG